AUGGUAGAAGAACAUUCCACAGAUCUUACCUCUCGGAUAGAAUCCGAUUACCCUAAUUCUAGUCCUGCCGCUAUACCCAGCCCCGCUUGCACUGCCCAUGAAGCAAAAGUAGUAGAAACCCUCCCUGUGGCUUGUGUUGGCCCAAUUGAUGUAAAUUUCCUCAAACCAACGCUUGGCGAAGACAAAGUUAUUGAUUGUGAUGUAGAUCUUAAGUAUUCUAAUGAUAAUAAGAAAAACAAUAAGUCUAAUAGACCAAAUUCUAUCGAAACUAAAAGAAGUAAGUCCCUGUCAGUAGAAAGUUCAGAAGAUAUUAGUAAAAAAGAUAUUAAGAAAACCCGGUCAAAUCCAUUAAAGAGCGAGGAUUCAAUUGCAGACAACGAGAAAAGUAUUGAUGACACCAAAGAAAUAGAGAUGACCGUUGAAGAAAAUAUAGCUACUGUUUUGAAAGGAAGCAGAUCUUCACUAGAGACCCGAUCAGAUUCCCCAAAACCAGGAUGUAGCAGUCAACCGGAUAUAGCAGACUCGUCCUCACCCCGUUCCCCAAGGAGUUCCGACGGCAACCGAGACGACCUUUCAGCCUUGUUACCUUCACCGUCGAAUUACCCCAAGUCUUCAGCGACAAUCCGGAGACUACGUCAGGAAAACGAGCGGCUUCAAGCGGAAGUGACGAGAUUGAAACGACUUGUCGUAUCAGGGGCCACAUCCGCUCUUGCCGAGCGAAAAAAUUUAUCGGAAAAUGCCGAUCCAAAUUCAGCCACUCACGCUUUGGAAUUGGAGUUGCAGCUGGCGAGAGAGGCGCUGUCAACGCUCAAAGCGGAUAAAAGACGUCUAAAAGCCGAGAAGUUUGAUUUACUGAAUCAGAUGAAACAGUUGUAUCUGACGUUAGAGGAUAAAGAAAAGGAAUUAAGAGAUUUUAUCAGAAGUUACGGACAGACACGGGACAACGAAACGUCGAUGCAACAACUCUCCACUGAGCGAGAAGAGCGAGAGAGAGAAAGAUGGAGUUUGCUACGUCACGCCAGAGACGAGGCAGAAAGAAGUUUGUCAUUAGCGGCACAACUUAACGCCAAAGAACUACAACUUCAACAGGCACAAGAGCAAUUACAAGAAGCUCGGCGACAGCUAGCCUCAAGCGGCUGUCUUUCGGACCAAGAAUCUCUAGCAUCACUGCCACGACACAAUAUUAAUGGCGGGGCUUUAACUCCUGGAUCGGGAGGUCUUCUUUCGGGACACCAUGGGCUAGGCCAACUUCCUGGUGACAGAGGAAGUUGUAGCGCUGACUCUGGUGUACGGGUGAGUUCAGAUAGAGAAAGUGGAGCAACAUCUGUAGCUGGAAACUUGUCUGAUUCGACAACAGAUGGAACACCGACCAUAACUCUUGGUGAAGGACAUAAGGAUAUGGAUUCGGUGUCGCUGAUUUCAUCUGUGCCUCCUCCGCACAUGUACCAAUCAUCUACAAAAGACUGCAGUCCAACCUUAUCUCCAUUGAAUGCCAACAAUUUCUCUAGGUCCGUGGAACAACUAAGUUCCCCAAUGGAACCAGAACCAAUAACAGUAGGUAGACGAAAUAAGCAAUCUGUAAGACCUUCUAGUGGGCGUGGAGGAACAUGGGGUAGCAUAUCUAGAGUUUUUGCUCGGUCGCGUCAUCGGAAUAAAUCAAAUUCUCUACAAGAAACAAGUGAAACUUAUGAUCCAUAUCGUAGUUGGUCUCCUUUAACUGAAGAAGGGUAUGCAGAGAAACUAAGACUACUUAGAGAAGCCAACAGCAUACCUAUGGAAAGAUGGAGAGCAUCAACAGUGUUAGCGUGGUUGGAAAUUGCAUUAGGAAUGUCGCAGUAUGGAGUACGUUGCGCAGAAAAUAUAAAAAGUGGGAAGAUUGGUCCUUUACAUGGCCAGGUGCUCUUGGAGCUCAGUGAUCUGGAACUGGAAUGCGGCUUGGGAAUUACUCAUCCGAUGCACAGAAAGAAGAUUCGAUUGGCUAUCGAGGAGCAUCGGAAUCCAGCACUUGUGAGGUAUCCCUGCAUCGCGCAACUAGGACACACUUGGGUUUGCAGCGAGUGGUUACCAGAUUUAGGACUGUCUCAGUAUUGCGAGAAUUUCGCGACGAAUAUGGUGGAUGCGAGAAUGUUGGAACACUUGAGUAAAAAGGAAUUGGAAAAGUAUUUAGGAGUCACUAGGAAGUUUCAUCAGGCGUCUAUUGUACACGGCAUACAUUUACUAAGAAUAAUGAAAUACGAUCGACAGGCUUUGGCAGUAAGAAGACACCAAUGCGAAACAAUGGAUGCUGAUCCUCUUGUAUGGACUAAUCAAAGAUUCAUCAGAUGGGCUCGGAGUAUCGACCUCGCAGAAUACGCUGAUAAUUUAAAAGACAGUGGCGUUCAUGGAGGUUUGGUGGUACUGGAGCCAUCGUUUAACGGAGACACAAUGGCGACAGCUCUUGGCAUUCCAGCGAGUAAAAAUAUAAUCCGUAGACAUCUCACAGCUGAGCUGGAUGCUCUUAUUUUGCCCGCCAGGUACGUCAUAUUUUGUCAACUGGAAGAACUUCAAGCCGAAGCAGCCAGAGUUAUAUCAAAACAUAGAUAA